AUGACGAAAGCAACCCAAUCAAUCCCCUGCCAAAGUAUUUUCCUGUACCUUUUUGGGUAUCUAUUGUUGCAUGAAAGAGUAGUGGUUGGAGAUCCAAGAGCUCAGACGGUCCAGAUUAUGUGUGAAAAGCAACUUGAGCACAAUUCAACUAUCGUCCUGCCAAAUUUUGUUGCCGCAAUGGAAAACAUCAGUGAACAGAUGCGUGCUUCAGGUUUUGGACAAGCGGUUUCAGGUUCUGGACCUGACAAUGACCAUGGCCUUGCCCAGUGCUAUGGGGACCUCUCUUUACUUGACUGUAUGUUAUGCUAUGCCGAGGCACGCACAAUUCUUCCAACAUGCUAUCCUUACAAUGGGGGCCGCAUUUACCUUGAUGGUUGCUUCAUGCGAUCUGAGAAUUAUAGUUUCUAUGAAGAAUAUAAAGGACCUGGAGAUAAGGCUGUUUGUGGAAAUACAACGCUUAAGAAUUCGAUCUUUGCAGAAUCGACUCGGCAGGCUGUCUCACAAGCAGUUACUAGUGCACCAAAUAAUCAAGGUUAUGCACGGGCUCAAGUCACAGUUCCAGGUAGAAAUGAGUCAGCUUAUGUGUUAGCUAAUUGCUGGAAGACAUUAAAUGCAAGCUCUUGCAGGGCAUGCUUGGAGAAUGCCACUGCAUCUAUAUUGGGAUGUUUGCCUUGGUCGGAGGGCAGAGCACUAAAUACUGGGUGUUUCAUGAGAUACUCGGAUAUAGAUUUUCUCAACAAAGAACUUGGGCAUGGAAGUUCCAGAGGUAAAGGAAUUGCAUUUUCUUGUAUUGCGAAGUUGCUAUGGAGCGUUAUAAUAAUAGUGGUUUCGGUUAUCAGCUCUCUGGUGGUUUUGGGAGUUGGAGUGUCUGUAGGAGUUUGUAUAUGGAAACACAGAUACAUACAGAAGAAAAGAAGAGGUUCUGAUGAGGCUCAAAAGAUGGUCAAAAUCCUCAAUGACAGUAGCUUGAACUUCAAGUACUCGACGCUUGAGAAGGCUACUGGAUCUUUUGAUGACACCAACAAGCUUGGACAAGGAGGAUUUGGAUCUGUUUACAAGGCAGGAACUGUGGAGGAGCUUUAUGACCCAAAUCUGAUGUUGCGUAACCUCCAUGAUAACAAUGUUAAGAAUGAUGUUACAAGAGUGGUGCAUGUGGCCCUUCUGUGCACCCAAGAAAUCUCAUCACUUCGACCAACAAUGUCAAAGGCUCUACAAAUGCUAGCAACUGAGGACCACCUCCCUCAGCCCACCAAUCCCGCUUUCAUGGAUGAAAUGACCAUGGACCUCAAUGAAACAUGUGAGGACGGAUGUUACCUCUUUAAUUCUGGUACUUCGGCAUCAAUCGCCACCAUUGAAAAUAGUUCCUUCUACGGAAGAUGA